AUGUUGGCUAUGCCGGCCAAGAGGAGACGCAGCUCGACCACGCCAUCGGGCAGCGAUGCUGAAGGGGACGUAGCUGGCGGUGAGUUUCGGCAGGCGAAGGGUCGUGGUGCUUCAUCAAUAUACAAGGGAGUGCGGAAGGAGAAGCGCGGAAAGUGGAGCGCCAAGAUUCUCGUCCGUGAACAAGGUAAGGCAACGCGCACACAGAUGAGGCUGGGAGCGUACAAUAAGGAGUUAGAAGCUGCCACGGCGUACGCAGCAGCGGCUUAUGUCGUUAGGGACGGCAAGCGUGUUGCCGGAACGGUCGAGCUGACCGAUGUGGAGAAGGGUUUGCUGCAGGGAUGCAACUUGGCAGCCAUCAAGAGGAUUGUGAAAGGCCGCAUGUGGUUCAGGUGGACGGAGUGGGAGAACGCUCUGGCAGACUGCCCAGAAGAUGAGAAUCCUGACCAGGGCGAUACGCACUCCGACUCACUGGAGGAGGCCGAAGAGGAGGAUGAAGAAAUGGAAGCUGAUGCGGGCCCUGUUGAUCAGGCAGAGGCUGGUAGAGGGACCCCUCAGGACAUGCUCAUCGGUGGUGAGGGUAUCACCGAUCCCGCUGCCAGUGGGGCAGGAGUGAACACAGGUGUAGCGUUAGCCGGGGCACAUGCCGCUCAGGGGGCAUCUAACGUCACGCCAAAUGCCACGGUGGCUUCUAGUGUCGGCACCGGAGAUGAGGAUGUUGGCAGCGAAGGCGCUGGUACGGCGGCGCCGGUCAGAUUGAAGGCCAUGGCUUCAGUGCUUGGAGAGGCGCCGUCCACGGCGGGGAACACGGCGCCAGAAGUGCCACCCCCUCCGGGGCCAGACAAUCCGUUUGUCGCGAUGCCUGGCGAAGCGGGGGAGCCGGCGUCCGCCUCACGGCGUUACGAUUCGUUCGCCGAUGACAACGUGGUUAUUAGCCGCAGCGAGUUCGAGGCUUUGAAGAAGGCGAAUGAAGAGAGCGACCGUAAACUUGCGCAUCUUGAGGCGCAGCUGCUGGCCGCCCAUGCUCCAAAGAGGGAUAAGAAGCGACAGAGGGAGCGUCGCGCGGAGUCGGGCAGUGGCGGAAAGCGUGCCAGCAAGCGCAGGCGGGUUGAGUCGGGCUCGGAAGAUGACACAACGGAUGAGGAGGAGGGGGGAAGAGGAGGAAGUAGCGCCGCGCCGGCGCAAGGGGCGCCACUUGACAAGGUGACCGACACCAUCGUGAACUGGGACCGGCGCCGCUCCCGUCUGUCCAACUCCGCGGGCGGCAACGAGCAGGUGGUGGAUGGCCUCCAUCACCUGGCAUGCGCUGCGGUGAAGGAGGCAAUAGGGAUUUUCAAGCCCAAAUAUGAUGGUGAUCUGGAGGCAUGGGAAUGGGGGGAACAUGGGCUGAUGCUGUCAUCGUGCGGCCUCGAGCACCUAAUCCCAGCAACAUAUGCGAAGAAGGCGGCCGCACAACAGGAGGCAGCCGGCUCGGAAUCAAUGGGUAGCGGCUGA